UCGAAGUGAAUCAAAAACAACAAUAAUCUCAAUAUUAUUAUUUUUACCUCUCAAACCAAUGCAAGCUCUUCUCGACAGUAUGUUUGAGGCCGUGUAAGGUCGUUUCAUUGCAGAAUUCCUCGUAUAUUCUGUACACAGCCGUCAUGGACUCCCUCGCCGAGAGCAUCGCGGACUUCAUACGCGUCCGACAACUAAAUAUAGCGGUGGCAAUUCUGCUGUCUGUAAUGUACCUCGCUUAUCAGUACUGGGGAGUAAUGUUCAAAUGCGAAGAGGAGGAAGACUAUAGGGGAAUUACACGGAAAUCUAGGUCUAGAUCUAGAUCUUAUUCUCGUUCACGAUCGAGAUCCAACGACCAUCACUACAAGGUGCCAGAGCCGAAGCACGGGCGUCGCGGCAGGAAGCCACAGAGGCGCUGUCCCGACUGCAGUCUGUGCAACUUUGGCGAGUGAAACCGAAAAUGGCGCGCGAAAGAGUUGUUUGACAUUUGA